UAUAACAAAAUGUAUAUCUCCUCAACUCUAUUUAUCUCCUUGUUUAUUGUUGGUCUUUGUUUGACUCAGACUCAGGCCCAGGGUCCAGCCUCUCAAGUACUGGCGCUCACUGGAGAUCCUACACAGAUGCGAGUUAGUUGGUACUCUUUGAAAAAGCCAAAAGCUCCAGUUGUACAAUACAGUCUCGAGGCAUUCGAACCAUCAUCAUCACUCCAGGAUAAUUUGGCCAUCGCCUCUAUUGAGCAGUACACAGAGGAGACUUGGAAGGGUUAUUCAGUCACAGGUGUGAUGGAUCAAUUAACACCAAUGACCACAUACUAUUAUUCGGUUGGUGAUAAGGCUACCAACUUAUGGAGCGACCUGGCCAACUUUACAACAUCACCAUCAUUCUCCAAUGAUACUUUGGUACCAUACACGUUUGCUAUCUUUGGAGACAUGGGAGUAUGUACCGAAGAGGUCCAGACCGUCAACAACAUCGUCAGUCGUAUGGAUCAACUAGCCUUUGCCGUCCACAUUGGAGACAUUGCCUAUGCUGAUCUCAACGGACUCGAGCCUCUCGUACUUGGCAAUCAGACUGUUUGGAACAUAUUCCUGGAGCAGAUUAGACCAAUCUCAUCGCAUAUUCCAUACAUGACUGCCAUUGGAAACCAUGAUAUAUUGAACUUAGAGAGUGGAAUCUAUCGCAAGACAUUCAACAUGCCAAACUCAAACCAGGGCGUCGACACAUGGUACUCCUACGAUUACAUGGGCGUUCACUUUGUUGUUGUCUCCACCGAGCACACUUACCUUGCCAACUCAACACAGCAUGCAUGGUUGGAGAAUGAGCUGAGGACCUACCGUGCUGCCAAUCCCGAUGGAUGGUUGAUCAUGUACGCUCAUCGCCCAGUCUACUGCAGUGCUCACUUCCCAUGGUGUGAGGAGGACCCAAUGCGCUACAUCUACAUUGACAGCGUGGAGUACCUGUACCAGCAGUACAACGUCGAUGUCUACAUCUCUGGCCACUCCCAUGUCUAUGAGCGCACACUGCCCGUGUACAAGGGUGAGGUGCGUGGCACAUACGACGCACCCCUGGCCCCAGUCCACUUGGUCGUCGGUACUGGUGGCAACCAAGAGGGCAUCCUGCAUCGCUGGCAGGAUCAGCCAGUCUGGUCGUCAGGUGUUCGUCUCCUCGAGGCAGGCUUUGGACUCAUGUCCGUGAUCAACUCCACCAACCUCCACUGGCAAUUCAUUGACGAUGCUACCAACACUGUGACAGAUGACAUCAUCCUAACCAAAGGAUACUUCAAC